AUGUCUGACCUUGACGCCGACUUGUACAGCGACCUCUACGGCAACGAUGAAUCGGAGUUCGCUGUACCAACCACACAAACCGAGCAGAACACCCGGCUGGAAUCUCAGGGACAACCAGAAGAAAAGCUUAUUCAACAGACGAAGGAAGAGCCAGCUCACGUAGCAAAGUUGGCCACUCCAACCCCUCCGCCAGAGACAAAGCCACAACAAUCCGCUACGCAGCUUGCCCCGACGCUGGCCGCUAUCCCAUCGUACACGUCACCCCCUACGCAGCAGAUACCUACAUAUCAAGAACGCCAGACGCCUGAAUACAGGGAGCCUCCGCCAGCGCGUCAAGAUUACCAUGGAGGCGGUGAUGUCGACCGACCAGUUCGACCCUCGGAGAUGAAGGAAGAAGGGUGA